AUGCAAUUCACCAAAUUUCUUGGCUUGAGCCUCCUCGGCUACGCAGCAACAACAACAGCAGUGGCAACGAACCUGACAGGCACUUAUCACAGGCUCGCUGCAGCUUCGUACCACCUAAUGGACUCGUACACCAGUGCAAAUUUCUUCAGCAGCUUCUCACUCUUUACCGGCACUGAUCCGACGCACGGGUUCGUAGACUACAAGGACGCAGCCUCAGCUACUGCUUCUGGCUUGAUCAACACCAAUAACGGACAAAUUUAUAUGGGAGUUGACCACACGACUAAGGACCCCCCGAGAGGCCGUGCAUCCGUGCGAGUCUCUAGCAACAAGGCGUAUAACCAUGGGCUAUUCAUUGCCGAUAUUGCGCACAUGCCAGACAGCAUUUGUGGCGUGUGGCCUGCAUUCUGGCUUUUUGGUCCAAACUGGCCCGCGAGCGGCGAGAUCGAUGUCAUCGAAGGUGUAAACCUGGGUGGGACAAAUCAGAUUACUUUGCACACUACUCCUGGAUGUUCCAUCAACACCGCCGGCUCCCAAGCAGGCACCAGCUUGAUAAACACCGACUGCAACUCCAAUUCGGGCUACAACGGCUGCGGUGCCACGACCACGACGCCGAACGCCUACGGUAGCGCGUUCAACCGCAAUGGCGGCGGCGUCUACGCCAUGCAGUGGGAGUCCUCCGGCAUCUAUGUAUGGUUCUUCCCGCGCGGUGCCAUCCCCAGUGACAUCGUGAGCGGGGCGCCCGCGACCGGAAAAUGGGGCACGCCCGUCGUGGCCUUCAACGGCGGGAGCGGGUGCGACAUUGAUGCGCACUUUGCGAACCAGAACAUCAUCUUUGAUACGACGUUCUGCGGUGACUGGGCGGGAUCUGCCGACGUCUGGGGCACCAGCAGCUGUGCCGCCAAGGGGACUUGUCAGAACUUUGUGGGCGCCAACCCGGGAGCUUUUGCGCCGGCCUACUGGAGUGUCAAUUCAGUCAAAGUGUAUCACCAGUGA